UUGGCAGCGCGGCAACCUUCCCCCUCGGCUGGUGCUUUCCCUCCGGCCGCCGCUGAACUGGAGGCGAGGAGGGGCUGGGAAUGCGGAGCUGGCAGCACGCACGGACUCGCUCCCUCACACAAACCCGCACCGCACGGCAGCCGCACGGCUUCCCUACUCCUGCCUCCGCCGCUUUCAUUUUGUAUUUUGCGUUUAAAUUUUAAUUUGUUUCUCCUCCCAUCGUUUGGACGCUUCCCUGCCUUGCCCGCCCGCCCUCCCCGCGGCGCGGCGGUGCCUCCGCGGGCGCGCAGCGCGGGGCCAUGCCGGCGGGGCCGCCGCUGCUGCGGGGCUCCUUCCUCAUCCUCCUCAUCCUGCUCUUCCUCGGUGCCCCGGCCCGAGGAACCGUCUACACCAACCAUUUCUUGGUGGAGCUUCACGGCGGGGACCAGGCGGAGGCCGAGCGGGUGGCAGCGGAGCACGGCUUCGGCGGGGUGCGGAAGCUCCCUUUCUUAGACACUGGAUACUUCUUUUAUCACAAUGGCAUUGCCAAGGCCAGGAGAAGACGCAGUCUUCAACACAAGAUUCAUCUGGAAAAGGAUUCCAGGGUCAGGAAAGCUGUGCAACAGGAAGGCUUCAGCAGGAGGAAACGAGGAUACAGGGACAUCAAUGACAUUGACAUCAAUAUGAAUGAUCCUUUAUUUAUGAAGCAGUGGUACCUGAUUAACACUGGUCAAGCAGAUGGGACUCCUGGACUUGACCUUAAUGUAGCUGAAGCAUGGGAGCUGGGAUACACAGGAAAGGGAGUAACCAUAGGAAUUAUGGAUGACGGAAUUGAUUAUCUGCACCCUGAUCUUGCAUCAAAUUAUAAUGCCAAAGCCAGCUAUGACUUCAGCAGCAAUGACCCCUACCCCUACCCCCGCUACACAGAUGACUGGUUUAACAGCCAUGGAACAAGGUGUGCAGGAGAGGUGUCUGCCGCUGCCAACAACAACAUCUGCGGCGUGGGAGUUGCAUACAACUCCAAGGUGGCAGGUAUUCGAAUGCUUGACCAGCCAUUCAUGACAGACAUUAUUGAGGCUUCCUCUAUCAGUCAUAUGCCUCAAGUCAUAGAUAUCUAUAGUGCCAGCUGGGGACCAACUGAUAAUGGAAAGACUGUGGAUGGACCUCGAGAGCUUACACUGCAAGCAAUGGCUGAUGGUGUGAACAAGGGCCGGGGUGGCAAAGGCAGCAUCUAUGUCUGGGCCUCUGGAGAUGGAGGCAGCUAUGAUGACUGCAACUGUGAUGGUUAUGCAUCCAGCAUGUGGACAAUCUCCAUCAAUUCUGCUAUAAACGAUGGACGGACAGCUCUGUAUGAUGAAAGCUGCUCUUCAACCUUAGCCUCCACCUUUAGUAAUGGGAGGAAGAGAAAUCCAGAAGCUGGCGUGGCUACAACAGAUUUGUAUGGCAACUGCACCCUGCGUCACUCAGGAACAUCUGCAGCUGCCCCGGAAGCUGCCGGAGUGUUUGCCUUGGCCCUGGAGGCUAACUUGGAUCUGACAUGGAGAGACAUGCAGCAUCUGACAGUGCUCACAUCCAAGAGGAACCAGCUUCACGAUGAAGUUCAUCAGUGGCGGAGGAAUGGCGUUGGGCUGGAAUUCAACCAUUUGUUUGGCUAUGGUGUCCUGGACGCGGGAGCCAUGGUUAAGAUGGCAAAAGACUGGAAGACUGUUCCUGAGAGAUUCCAUUGUGUUGGAGGGUCCAUACAGGAACCUGAAAAGAUACCACCAAGUGGCAAGCUGGUCCUCACGCUUAAAACCAAUGCUUGUGAGGGGAAGGAAAACUUCGUCCGGUACCUUGAGCACGUCCAAGCAGUGAUAACUGUGAAUUCCACCAGGCGAGGAGACCUCAACAUCAACAUGACCUCGCCCAUGGGAACAAAAUCCAUUUUACUGAGCCGACGCCCCAGGGAUGAUGACUCCAAGGUGGGUUUUGACAAAUGGCCUUUCAUGACCACACACACUUGGGGAGAAGACCCCCGAGGCAGCUGGGUUCUAGAGAUCGGGUUUGUGGGCAGUCUGCCACAGCGGGGCAUGCUGAAGGAGUGGACACUGAUGCUGCAUGGGACUCAGAGUGCACCGUAUAUAGACCAAAUAGUAAAAGAUUACCAGUCCAAACUGGCCAUGUCCAAGAAGGAAGAGCUGGAAGAAGAAUUAGAUGAAGCAGUGGAGAGAAGCCUGAAGAGUAUACUGAGCAAGAACUAGUGCUGUUCUGCAUGACGGUGUCUUUCCUUCUCCAGAUCCCUCUACUCACCUUUCUGCUAUCCAAACCUCUGUGUUACACAUAUUACAAUGAUCAUCUCUGUAGCCAAAUUAUCACACUUCCUUGAGUUUAAAGUCUUAUACCUUGUCAAUAAUUAUUUUAACUACCACUAAAGCAAUCCUUUUUUUACUCUAAACCACAAAUAUACUGUCCCCUGCUAAAUACUAUGUACAGUUUGUGACUGUAAAGGAUUUUUCUUUGAUGUCAUACAAAUAGUUAAUAACCUGCAAAGCAGUUAAUGGCUUUUCCCUUCAUAUUUUUGUGGUAAAUGUUGUUUAUAUUAAAAAAAAAAAAAAGUCAAUUUAAACAUUGGCAGUUGGUGAUAACAGGCACAUUUUAAAAGAAAUG